GAGGUCUUCCUCUUUGUGCAGCUGUUUCUGUACAUUCUGUUCAUCCACUUCUGGUUUGUGUUCAUUGAUUUGUUUAAAAACACAUUUCAUAAAGAUGUCAGAAGACCUGCGCGCUGAGCUGGAGAAGUAUCUGCAGUCUCUAAACAUCGAGACGACCUGCGUGGAGCAUCCGCCGGUGUUCACGGUGGAGGAGAUGAUGCCUCACCUGCAGCAGGUGAACGGAGCCGUCUCCAAGAACCUCUUCCUGAAAGACAAGAAGAAGAAAGGCCUGUGGCUGGUGUCGGCUCGCCACGACCGCCAGGUGAACCUCAACGACCUCGCCAAGAAGCUCGGCGUCGGCAGCGGCAACCUGCGCUUCGCAGACGAGGCGGCCAUGUUGGAGAAACUCAAGGUGGGUCAGGGCUGUGCGACAGCUCUUGCUCUGCUCUUCGACAAGGACCAGAGUGUUAAAUUUGUCCUGGACCGGGACCUGGUGGAGGGAGGCCACGAGCUGGUCUACUUCCACCCCAUGACCAAUGCUGCCACCAUGGGGCUGCGACCGGACGACUUCCUGCACUUUCUCCGGGAGACGGGACACGAAGCGGUCCUGGAGAGCUUUGAGUAGGACGGGACGGGAACUUUGAACUGAACCGGGGUUAAGAACUGGACCCCAGCAGCCUGCAGGGAUUAAACUGGACGUGAGGAAAACGUGCAGAGCUGAAUAUGAACUUAUUCUGCUACAAAGAAUUUGAAAACAAAGAUCAGUGAAAGUCUUCACUGGGAACAUCAGGAGAAGCUUUUUUUAGUUACACAUAAAUCCAGAUGCUGAGCAGUUAUGAUUUACAAACAGAAAGAAAUACGGUUUUACAGCUCUGCCAAAACUCAUUUUUAUUUAAAGGUCAAAAAGGUGAAGAUCUAUUUAGAGACUUUUUAAGACUCAAAUUUAUUUUGGGUUGUUAAACACAAGACCACUCUCUAAUUGUCUUCCAUUUGUCAUGUUAUGUCUCUUUGUUUUACUUUGUUAAGUCUCUUGAUUAAAGGAGCAGACUGUUUUACAUGUUUUAGCUCAGAAAAUAUAAACGACACACUGCUGAUUGUUUUCAUAUAAUCCAGCAUUUUUUAGAUUGAUUUCCUUCCAUGCAGCCUUUUACAAAACAAAAGCCUUCCAGAGACUAGAAACAGGCCAAAAUAAAUGUUUAUUCAUCUGCUAAUGUAUUCGAGAGCAGGAACUCUUACUGAUAAUGUGUCAUCACCUAUGUUGAUAUUUCAUUUUGUGGCUGAAAUGUGCACUCCAGCCUCUGGGGGUGCUAGCAGGAAUCUCCAACCAAGAAAAAAAACACCCUUGUUUCAACCUCCAGGACUGAAUAGGUAGAGUAGAUUAACUGUGUUCCAAACACGAACGAUGUUCUGUACAGAUUACCUUUUCUUGGCAAUAGCAGAAUAAAUCCUUCC